CACAGAAGUAAAACGGCAGUGCGCCACUACAGACGUGUUUAACGGUGCAGCGGUAGAUUUAAGUAGAAAUUUCUAUGCGCAGAAAAAGAAAAAAAGUGUUGUUUGUGUAAGUGAAGUGAAGAAUUGAAUUGGACGUGCGACACGGGACAUUUGUGGCUGCGCAUUGCACGACUCAAAGCAUUUUGAUUGUUGUUAACAAAUUAACGGUAAACUUGUGGUGGGCGCAUGCGCCAACACAAACAAAGUGGCUUGCGCAGGAGAAAUGCCUUAAACGCGCCAACGUGACGAAAAUGUUUUAAACUUGUGUAUAAAGUAAAUUCCAAUAUCACUUACCGUGCGUCACAACAAAAACAAUGCACAUAUGUGCAGUGAAAAUAAAUUGAAAGUAAAAAGUGCAAAGAAAGUGUGCAUAUUGCUAAGAAGCCAAUAGCGUGUAAGUGCGUGAGUGACGGUACAAGGCGCAGAACGUGUAUAUCUGUUUUUAAAACCCCCUAAAUCACGACAACAACAACAASAAGAAUUUGUGAUAAUUGUAGUAAAAUAUUUAGUCAUAAUCCCUGAACGCAAAAUAUUGAAAAUGGUGCUUGGUUUUGGUCUUGGCGCCGCUGCCGGUGCCAUAUUCAAGGCAAGCGCGGGCUCAAAAGCCGCCGUCACUGCCGGCGCCGCUGCAGUGGGCGCCUCCAAGUUGGGUAUAGCUAUUGCAGGCGCUAUCAAAAUUGCCACCACCAUUAUUGGUGUAAGUAAGCUGGCCAUCCUGCCGUUUUUGAUAGCCGCUAUUGCCUACUACAAUUACGAUCUUUUCGAUCCGGAAAAUCGUCCGUUCAAUGUGCCUCAGGUCUCAUUGGCCUAUGAUUUCAUCAUCGUGGGUGGCGGUUCGGCAGGUUGUGUGUUAGCUUCGCGGCUCUCUGAAGUGCCGCAUUGGCGCAUUCUGCUGCUCGAAGCGGGCGGUCAGGAAACAGAGAUCUCGGAUGUGCCGCUGCUGUCUUUGUACUUGCAUAAAAGCAAACUGGAUUGGAAAUAUCGCACCCAACCACAGAAUACAGCCUGUCAGGCGAUGAAGGAUCGCCGCUGCUGUUGGACACGUGGCAAAGUCAUUGGCGGCAGUUCCGUACUCAAUACUAUGCUAUAUAUACGUGGAAACCGGCGCGAUUUCGAUCAGUGGGCAUCGUUUGGCAAUCCCGGUUGGGGCUACGAAGAUAUACUGCCGUACUUCCGCAAAUCGGAAGAUCAACGUAAUCCUUACUUGGCGCGCAAUAAACGUUACCACGGCACAGGUGGUCUUUGGACCGUGCAAGACUCACCUUACAACACGCCAUUGGGACCUGCCUUUCUACAGGCCGGCGAGGAAAUGGGCUAUGAUAUUGUGGACGUGAAUGGUGAGCAGCAAACUGGUUUCGCUUUCUAUCAGUUCAACAUGCGACGCGGUUCGCGCGCCUCCACUUCUAAGAGUUUUCUACGCCCCGCGCGUUUGCGCAAGAACCUCGACGUGGCGAUGUUUGCCCACGUUACGAAGGUGCUGACGCACCCAGAAACCAAACGUGCCAUCGGCGUGCAGUUCAUACGCGAUGGAAGCCUACAGACAGUCUAUGCCACGCGCGAGGUCAUACUCUCGGCUGGCGCGAUAAGCUCACCACAUUUGAUGAUGCUGUCGGGUAUCGGACCAGCGGAUGAACUGCAACGCGUGGGCAUACCACUAGUGCAGCAUCUACCCGGUGUCGGUCAGAAUUUGCAGGAUCACAUAGCUGUCGGCGGCAUUGCAUUCCUUAUCGACUACCCCAUUUCCAUUGUGAUGAAGCGUAUGGUUAACAUUAAUACCGCCUUGCGUUACGCCAUCACCGAGGAUGGACCACUCACAUCUAGCGUUGGUUUGGAGGCAGUAGCUUUCAUUAAUACCAAAUAUGCCAAUGCUAGCGACGACUGGCCUGACAUGAGCUUUAUGAUGACCUCAGCAUCGGUCAUGUCGGAUGGCGGUUCGCAAGUAAAAACUGCGCAUGGUUUAUCAGACGAGUUCUACCAAGAGGUAUACAGCGAAGUGAACGACCGGGAUGUUUUUGGCAUCUUUCCCAUGAUGUUGCGCCCCAAAAGUCGUGGCUUUAUUAAACUCGCAUCCAAAAAUCCGCUUCGCUACCCUUUACUCUAUCACAACUACCUCACACAUCCGGACGAUGUGAAUGUGCUGCGCGAAGGUGUCAAAACAGCGAUAGCCAUGGGCGAAACCCAAGCUCUGAAACGUUUUGGCGCACGCUUCUGGAGCAAACCCUUGCCGAACUGCAAGCAUUUGCCACAGUUCACCGACGAAUAUUGGGACUGCGCCAUACGCCAAUACACCAUGACAAUCUACCACAUGUCAGGCACAGCUAAAAUGGGUCCACCCAGCGAUCCGUGGGCGGUGGUCGAUCCGCAAUUGCGCGUGUACGGUGUGCCGGGACUGCGUGUAAUUGAUGCCAGCAUUAUGCCCACCAUCACUAACGGUAACAUACAUGCGCCGGUGGUUAUGAUCGCCGAAAAGGGCGCAGAUAUGAUUAAGGAGCUGUGGCUUAGCAGCACGCAGUGGCGUACGAAGCGUGCGCGUUCAGAUUUGGAUCACAUUUGCAAUGUAACGGAGGUCGCGGGGAAUACGUUAAAGGACGGAUUAACGGGCUCCUAGCGGUUUAGCAAAGAGAGAAAAUAGCAUUUGACAUUAACAACUUUUAAGUCAUACAUAUCAAGUCUCUCAAAAUACCGCUCACCGUUAUAAGUUGCACUUCAAGCAAUUAGUUAAUAAGUGUUACUUUUUAAUUAAUUUUAAUUAAUUUAAUUUAUAUUUAUAAAGUAUAUCUGUAUUUUUAAAUUAAUUUUAGUAGACAUUCCUUUCAGCUUCAUCGCAGUGCUGCCAAGUCUUAAAUUAUAAUUUAUAUGUAUUAACUGUUAUGUAUAGAUUACGCCAGAGGACUACACAAAGAUUAUCUCAUAAGCCAUGUUUCGCAUUGUACAUAUCGAGUCACCGUUCCGUUAGUUUUAGGUAACUAUUAAAUUUUGAUUUAAUA